CUUUUCCCUCUCCCGCCACUCGCACAGCACACUCCAGGUUACGCUGUGACGCUUCUGCCCCUGCCCACCCCUAGCGAACUGCUAGUGCACUGCCAUGGCCCUCUCGGACGUCGACCACGACUUCGAGGCCUUCCUCGCCUUCCUCGCCUCCGGCCUGGACGCGCCGCCGACGCAGACGUCCCCCGUGCCGGCUCCUUCGUCGUCGCCGGAUCUUCUUCCCAUGCUCACGUCGUCGCCGGAGGAGGGCCUGCUGAGCCCCGCUGCCCCGUCGCCGCUGGAAGUACCCAUGGCCACGUCGUCACCGUCGGAGGGCGGCCUGCUGACCCCAGGUGCGCUGUCGCCGGAUCUUCCCAUGACCACGUCGUCGCCGGAGGAGGGCACGUCGUCGGGAUCGGCGGGGGCCGUUGCCGUCGCCGGGGACGACGGCGACAGGGAGCGGAGGCUCCGCCGCAAGGUGUCCAACCGCGAGUCGGCGCGCCGGUCGCGCGCGCGCAAGCAGCGGCACCUCGAGGAGCAGCGCGCCGCGGCCGCCACGCUCCGGGCCGGGAACCGGCACCUCGCCGAGAAGCUCCGGGUCGCCAGGGCGCGCGCGGGGCUCAUCACGCUCGCCAACGCCCGCCUCCGCGCCCAGGGCCAGGCUCUGGGCCAGCGUCUCGCCGCAGCACGCCAGGCCCUCGCCCUCAGGCAGCUAUACGCCGCCGCGUCGGCCUCCGGCGGCGCCCUGGACAUGCAGGCGCUCGCCUCGCUGAUCCGGUAGCGCAUGGCACGGCGCGGGCGCACGAGAAGAUGUUUUUUGACCUGCUGCAAGAUUGAACGAACGAACGACGAACGUACGUACGACGGGCUGCUAUUAAUCACAACCCAUAAGAUGCUAUUAUGCAUGAUCCUUGAUGAUAUAUAAAAGCAAGAAAUUAUGGAUGGAAAAUGGUACCGAAAUUAAAACGUACGUACUUGCUGCUUGAUCGAACAUCGCCGAUUUCUGCGCUCCCUCCGAUUGGAAAUGGACGGCCAGGAUCGAUCCAGCGAGCAUGAGAUGCUUCGACUCCCUCCGCUGGAUCUCAAUUAUUGUCUCUGUGAUUUAGUAGCUAGUGCUUCAGCUUUGCUAUCGAUCUGUUGGCCGAUUACUGGAUGGAUGUAUCCAUCGUCUCUCUUUGUGUCCUUCUUAUUCCUCAUGUUUGGCACCUGUCACCCUCAUUCA